CUCCCAACAACGCCUCGCUGGCACAUCCGAACUCCGCCACGUGGCCUUGGGCUUGAAUUCCAACCUAUUAUUAGGUUAAGGUGGAACUUAAAACUUGGAACAUGGCAGAGCGACGACGAGUGAAGAAGACCACACCGUUCAACAAGUAAUAACUGACAUCAUAAUCGUUGUCAUCGUCGAUUCAGAAGUAGAAUGAAGCAUAAUUUGUGUUUGUGAUUUGUGAAUUGUGAGUGGCGGAGAUGAAGGGAGAGACGGCGACGCUGGUGCUGGUGAACCUGGCGGGGAUAAUGGAGAGGGCGGAUGAGUCACUGCUUCCGGGAGUAUACAAGGAAGUGGGAGCUGCGCUUCACACCGACCCCACCGGCCUCGGUUCUCUCACUCUCUUUCGAUCCAUCGUUCAAUCCUCCUGCUACCCUAUCGCCGCCUACCUCGCCGUCCGCCACAACCGCGCACAUGUCAUCGCCCUGGGUGCUUUUCUCUGGGCUGCCGCCACCUUCCUUGUUGCAUUCUCCUCCACUUUCUUCCAGGUAGCUUUGUCACGAGCAUUUAAUGGAAUUGGCCUUGCGCUUGUAGCACCUGCAAUCCAGUCUCUUGUUGCUGACUCAACUGAUGACAGCAAUCGUNUAUGGUUAAGUGAACCUAAUACUCCAAAAUAA